AUGACAAAAAUUAAAGUAAAUGAAAAGAUAAAGAAAAAGAAAAAAACUAAUAAUUCUCUUAGUUUAAAUUUAAACGAUUUAGAUGAUAAAAAAGAAAAAAAAAGGAACAAGUUAAAGAAUAAAAAUAUAAUAAAUUUAGAAAAGGAGAAAAAUUGUGAUAAAGAAGUAUGUGAAGAAAAUGAUUAUUCAAAUAAGAUUGCAAACUUAAAUGAUAAAACAGACGAAAAAAUUACUUUAAAAAAUACCGAGUCAUAUAAUAACCUGCAAAAUGACAAUUUUACAAAAAUAGAAUUGCAUGACGAAAAAGUAUCACCUAAAAAAAAAAGAAAAAGAAAUAAUGAAAAAAAUGAAGUAAUAAAGGAUUCAAAAUGUAAUUUAAAAAAUAAUGAUAAGAUAAACGAGGAAGAAAUAUCGAGUGAUGAUAAAAGUUCAAGUAGUGAUGAAGAUCAUGAUGGUUUAUUAUUAACAUCAAAGUUUAAAAACAAAUUUAGCAAGUUACUACUUAAAUUGAAAAAUAAGGAUGAAAAUUUACUGAAUAAAAAAGAAGAGUUUUUUCAUGAUAGUGAUUUUGAUACAGAUAUAUCAGAUGAUAAAGACAAUAAUAUAAAAGAAGAUGAAGAAAAAUUAAAUAAAAAUAUAUGCAUAAAUAAGAAUAUAGAAGAAAAUAAUAAAAGUUGUAAAACAGAUGAAAAAUGUCUGAAUUAUUCAGAAUAUUUUAAAGAUAUCUUAUUAAAAGAAGGUUCUAAUGCAUUUGAUAAAGAGGAAGAAGAAAUAAUAGAAAGAAAAAAGAAAAUAUUAUCACAAAAAAAUAAAAAAAGCUACUUUGAUGAACAGGAGGAAUUAAAAAGAAAAAUAAUUGAAGCUUGUAAAGAUGUUGAUAAUAAUUGUGACAAUGAUAAGUCUAAUGAUGAUAAUGAUAAUUUUUUUAUAAUGAAGGAAAAGAGUGAAAAAGAAUUACUAGAAGAAAAAAAAUACUAUGAAACUUUUCUUAAAACUUCUAAUAUUGUAAAAGAUGAAAAUAAUUUAUUAAAAGAAUACUGGAAAGAUAAUUUAAAUAAAGAUGAAGAAUUUUUAAGGGAUUAUAUUUUAAAAGAAAUGUGGAGAGAAGAUAAAAUUCAUAAUAUUUAUGAAGAUAUUGAUGAGAUUGAUGAUGAAGAAUUAGAAAAAGCUGAAAAUUUUGAAAGAACAUAUAAUUUUCGUUAUGAAGAACAAAAUGGGAAUAUUGUAAAUUCAAAUCCUCGUAAUAUAGAAUCAAGUGUUAGAAUAGAUUUGAAAAAGAAAAAAAAAAAAGAAAAAAGAAAAGAAAAAAGAAAGAAAAAAAGAGAUAGAAAGAAAAUACUCUUAGAAGAAUUAAAAAAAGAAAAAAAAGAAAAAAAUGAAAAAAGUGAAAAAAAUGAAAAAAAUGAAAAAAAUAAUUCAUUUAAUAGUAAUAAUAACAAUUAUGAUAAAACUCAAAUGAUUAAAAACAAAAAUAAUUCGAAGGAAGAACUAGAUGAUCAAUUAAAAAAAACGAAUAAGUAUGAUAAUAAUAUAAUUUCAAAUAAACAUUCCAAAAUAGAUAAGAAUUUAGAUUUAUAUAAUAAUGAAAAUGAUUUAUGGUUUUUAUGUGAUGAAUGUAAAAAUCCUAUUUCUCCACUAAAUUAUGUUUAUGAAUGUAAUACAUGUGAAAAUUUUUCUUUAUGUAAAAAAUGUUUUAAACAAAUAAAUCAUGAACAUAAAUUAAAAAAAAUGUUAGUUCCUAAAAAUUGUAAACCACCAAAAGAAUAUUUAAAUAAUAUAGGAAUGAAUAGCAACUAUGAAUUUAAUAAUAACAACAAUUGUGAAACUAUGGAAUAUUUAGAAAAUGAUUCAAGUGGUUAUGAAGAUUUAAUUGACGAUAUGCCUAUUAGAUUUAAAUAUGUUAAAGUAAAACCCAAUUCAUUUAAUCUUACUACAGAUUUCAUUUUGAAUACGGAUGAUAAAACAUUAAAUAAGAUGGUACCUUUAAAAUAUGUUUCUCCAUACUAUAAAAAAAAUUUUAUAUCAAAUGUGAUUGAAAAAAAAGAGAAGUUAAAUGAAUAA